AUGGAAGUUGAAGAGAUUUCGAGUGGAGAUCUUAAACUCCAACUGCAACGCUUGACUAGUGAGCUUGAAGACAAAAAUUCAAUAAUACAACAGCUCAAUGACGAAAACAAUCUACUCAAACAAUCAAAAAGUGAUAUUGCUGAUCAUUACAUUGAAAAGCUUUUUCCGAACGUUGCCGGACUAUGUCAGUUGUUCAACAGCAAUGUUAGCGUCAACCAGCUGUACUCGAUGUACAUUCAGGAAAGAAGACUAAAUGGGGAUUUAAAGUUAAAAGUCGACAAUUCAAAAGUUGAACAAACUGUCAUCACCGAACGCCUUUCGCUGCUUAAUAAUGAACUGGAUGCAGCUCGCGAAACUAUUCAGCAGCUAUCUUCUGAAAUACUAGAGCUGAAAAAGUUAGAAGAAAAGGUUUUUCAAGUUGAAAAUGACAACAAAGAGACGAAUAUUGCUCUGCGUUUUUACCAGGAUUCAGCAUUAAGCUUGUACAAAGGGCUAAAGGAAUUUAAAGAGAUUUUUCUUGCUCUUUCUGUGAAAAUUCAGCAUCUUGCACAUCCAUCGAGCGGUGAAAGUACCACCAACAACACUGAAGACGCUACCGGAAUAAAAACCCUAAAGUACAUUCUGGAGUUGCAGACGAAGUUUCAAGAUUUUAACCGAUUGCAGACUGAAUUUGAAAAAGGAAAACUUGACUUGGUUAGUAUGAAGAAAAAUUUUAUUGAUACUGACCACGAAAUUGAAGCUCUUCGAAACCAAGUCAGUUUUCUCGAAUCUGAGAAGCGAAUAUCUACAAAGCAGUAUGAUCUGCUACAUUCUGAAUAUGUUACCCUUGCUAACCUGCUAAACCACUUAAAGGCAUCAAACGAAAAUAAAGUUAACCAUCUUCAAAGUAUUAAUGGCCAGCUUCAAGCUCAAGUGCAAAAGUUAACCCAGACUGUUGAACAACUAAAAUGUGAUCAUAAUAAGUUUGUUGAAAGCAAAGCAAAAGAGCGACAAGAACUUGAAGCUAAAUUACUUGUUUGCGAAAAAGAUCUGGAAUCUGCCAACAAAAAAGUUAUUUCUCAAAAGGGGUUCUUAUCUCAAAUGGAAACAUCUCUCGACUCGUUUAGAAAGCAAAAUAAAAAUCUCAAUGAGAUCAACUCUAAAUUGACUGGCAAUAUUAACGGCCAACUUUCAAGCCGAGAAAAUGAAAUUUGUCAACUUACUCAAAAGUUACAAGCGGAAGAAGAGCGAAAUAAGAAAUUGGAAGCUGAAAUUCGAGACAUUAAUUCAAAGUAUGCAUCCCAAAGUGGUCAAAUAGAGUCGCUUCAACAAGAGCUGGCCAACUUUAAAAAUUCUUCAACGCAACGUCAUCAAAUAGAAAUUAAUAAUUUAAAGUCUUCUUUGGCCAAAUCAAACGAGUUGAAGGUGAAUCAGGGCAAGGAAAUUUUGACUUUAAAAAGUGAAAUUGCUCGUGUUCAAAGUACUAAUCAACAGCUGAAGGCUCUUGCUCGCAAAUACAAAACUCAAUAUGAGGAGCAGAAACAAGUUACAAAUACAUUGUCAAUAAGCGGUGAUGAUCAAAAAGAAAAUUCUACAGAGCUUACAAAUCAAAUUAUUGCCAAGGACGAGAGAAUAAGUGCACUUGAAGAAAAACUUGCCUCAACCUUGUCUGAACUUGGAGCAGCAAAACAGGAAGUUAUAAAUGCAAGUUCAGCUAAUGCAGAGCUUCAGUCGCAGUACAAUGAAACCGAUCAGCGGGCAAAGAAAAUUGCAUCUUCAGCUCAACAACGUAUCAUUGAACUUAAGCGAAUUCUUGCUGAGAAAAAUAGUGAAAUUGCAGCACUGCGAACCGAGCGUCAAACAGACGACAUGUACCUGAUUAAUCAGCCCUCUACCUCCAAAGCAUCAUUCACUUUACUGUCAAGUUCGAGCAAAAUGCCCAUUAGUUCAACCUCUAUCUCAUCUCGAUCGAGCACAGUCCCCUCGUCGUCUUUUGAAUCGGCCAUUUCUUCAAACAUUAACCAACCAUCUUCUUCAAACGAGGAAAAUUUUAAUUUAGAUUCGCUUCAGUCAACACAGAUCACUUCGCACUCAACUUCAGACGAUAACAGCUCAGAAUUGUUCUCUUCAAUUGUUGCUGAUAGUAAUGUUAGCUCCAAUAAGCGAGGCUACAGCUCUGACAGUGAUCCUGGUCAUUUGGGUAGAAAGAACAGGCGAAAUGAAACAGAUGAGGUCACCACAUAUGAAGAUGAGAGCAGCAAUCAAUCAGCUAUAGUGAACAUUGAGGAGGAUUCAAAUGAUGAUUCAGCUGCUGUUCCUACUGACGCCGCUUCUGCUGCUGUUGCUGCUGUAUCGGCACCAGGCUCUUCAUCUGCCAACUACACUUCAUCAAAUGGAGAAAGUGUGGAGUCUGCCGAUAACGAUACGCAGAUGGACAGUCAGAUGGAGGAGCCUAAUGCCAUUGACCAGAUGAAUUCACCAGAUGAUCAGCCAGACGAGCAAGAGCAACAACAAGAGCAACAGUCCUUUGCUCAGGAGCAACAGCAACAGCAAUCUCCAAAUUCAGCAUCUUCAUGUAAUUAA